UCUAAUUUGUAGAGUGAUUCUAACGAAUAGGAAACUAAACCUAAUUUCUAGCGUAUUUCUGUGAUGCAUUGUCGUAGAAAUAGAAGUGAUGAAUAGUGUGGAUGAGGUGAGCAGCUCUUAUUCAACAGAUGCGGAACUCUUGACAAGCGUCUUCACAAUUGAUGACCACGGUGUUCCAAUAGAUAUUGUUAGAAAUGGAACAAAUGGUAGCUUGGAGGAAAUUCCCCCCAUCUUUUUACAAACCACAGCAGCACAAGCCAUUUCAGGAGCUUUUGUGUGGGCAGCAUUGAUUGUCACGUGUCACCAGAUUUAUCAAUAUCUAAGGUAUUAUUCUUGCCCAACUGAACAGCGAUGGAUUGUGAGGAUUUUGUUUAUUGUACCAAUAUAUGCCUUUGAUUCCUGGUUGAGUCUACUCUUCUUUCAUGACAGCUUCUAUAUUUACUUUGACAGUGUUCGAAACUGGUAUGAAGCUUUCGUGAUUUAUAACUUCCUCAGUCUCUGCUAUGAAUAUCUUGGAGGAGAAAGUAACAUCAUGACUGAAAUAAGAGGAAAACCUAUUAAAUCCAGUUUCUUAUAUGGAACAUGUUGCUUAACUGGCAAGAGUUAUACUAUAGGUUUUCUACGUUUCUGUAAACAGGUAAAGUAUCCUGUUCAUUGA